AUGGAUAUUACAAGAGGGAGCUUGGAUCAAAUGCCAAGGCCUGCAUCUAGCUCAGAAGCUUAUCUUAGCUGCAGAUCUUUAACUACUGUGGAGUUAUUAACGCCAGAGCUGUGCUCACCAAAGUUUGCUUCACCUGCCAGCUUGGCUGGGGGUCACCAGAGGGGCGGUUUGGAAGGCUGCUGUCCACAAGGAAGCAAAGGGUGUAUUUCCAAUUCAGAUUCUGGACCUGAUAACACUGAAGCACAGACAUCCAAACUGUGUGAUCCUCCCCAAGGAGAACUGAGCAAUGCAGAAGCAGCAAACUCUUCCAGCCUGGAAUAUUCUAAAGACACAGACGUAGAUCCUCAGAUUCAAGCAGCUAUAAGGAAAAUGAAUAAACUUGACACAAUACUGGCAAAAAAACAUUUGAAGGAGAGAGCAAUUAAAACCCAAGGCGAAGAGAUGAGGGCAAAGCUCUGGGAAGAACUUCAGUCCCUUGGAAUCACUGGAGGCCAUGAGGAGAUGGAGAACACACAACUGUUCUUAGCUUUGAGCUCAUCGUGGCAGGAUACAGCUGAGGCCUCCCAUGCUGAAGAAGAUGAAAAGUGUACUUCAGUAUACCCAGGGGAUGAUGACAACCAUAAGCAUAACCAAGGGCUCUCCCUGAAUCAGAACAGGAAUGAUCAUCAUUUAGCAGCUCUUCUUCCUCAAACUUCAGGUCACCCAGGUGAAUUGGAAACAAAUGAAUUCAUUCAGGAAGCAGAAAAAGCACAUAGUAAAAGUAAAAUCAAUCAGGACUUCAUCAAAAAGAACAUUGAGCUAGCAAAGGAUUCAGGAAACCAGGUUGUUCUGCUGGAGGAUGAAAGGAAAAGGCUAACCGAACUAUUGAGAGAUACAGAAGAGGGCACUGAACUACCCAGUCUUGAGGAGAAUGUCUGUGGCUGGCUGGCACCAGGAGAAGGGUACACACCUGACCCAAUGGAAUUUCAUCAGCUGAAGGAGAUAGAGAGGAAGCUGCAAGUACUGCUGUCGGGUGGGGUUCCACCUGGCCUUUUUCCCAGCCACGUUUAUCAGGAGUCGUUGGCUUAUGCAAAGAGAAGCCUAGAAGCAGCUCCAGGUGAAAAGGUUCUGCGAGACAAUAAGGAACAACGUGACCAGCAAAAUCGUCUGAAAGAAAUAGAUCUGCAGCUGAAAUCCCUGGAGAGGAAUCCCAGCUCAAACAAACGGGGCCUCUCUGAAGAGCAGCUUAAGACCCUUCUGGAGGAAUGUAUGCAGCCUGGGAGAACAAUGAGCAACGUUACCAUGCCAAAGUCUCAGGAAUCUCUUUCUCUUGGAUUAAGUCCCCCUUGUCACACAAGUCAUACACAUCACUCCACAUCUACUCUUUCCAAAACGUUCCUUUAAGACCAUAUUGUAGGGAUGUUAAUGGCUCAGGAAGAGGCUGGACUUGAAGACAAAAGCUCAUGUGUUAAUGCAGAAAGUGAAACCCCUGGCUGCUGUAGCAGCAAAGCACUGCCUGAUAGGCAUUUACCAAGGGCUUCACUGGCCCAAAGAGGGUAACCCGAUGACUCAGAAGGUUUACAGAAGGUGGGCCAUAAAAGCAUUGCUGAAGGUUACUUUAUGUCAAGGGCACUCGACAGAAAAAGGUCGGGGAAACCUCCUUUCUUGGGUGCAUUGUAGUGCAUCAGCAGGAACAAUGAGGCCUCCACAGAGGCUGACAUUCUCAGCAUACCACUGCAGACCGAGGGAGGUGAGACUCCUAACAGCCCUUUAGAAUAGGCUUUUGGCUGGAGUGAGAAAACCCAGGCCAGGUCUCACCAAAGGCAUGCACCAGCACUGCCCUGA